UGUCUGGACCAACAUGAACUUAGUUGACAUAGUAAAAGGAAAUAGUUUCUCCCUUUGAACUUAUCUCUGUGAAGUCAUUGUGCCUCCUCUUGGGGAUCACUUGUGCAGCCUUGAUGGCCUUUCAGGACCUCCUGGAUCAAGUUGGAAGCCUGGGGAGAUUCCAAGUCCUUCAGACUGCUUUCUUUGGUGUCUGCAUCCUUAUAGUAUACCCUCAUAUGCUAUUGGAGAACUUCACUGCAGCCAUCCCUGGUCACCGCUGCUGGGUCCACAUCCUUGACAAUGACACUGUCUCAGCUAAUGGCACUGAAAUCCUCAGCCAAGAUGCCCUCCUGAGGAUCUCCAUCCCACUGGACUCAAACUCAAAGCCAGAGAAAUGUCGUCGCUUCCUCCAUCCCCAGUGGGAGUUCCUUCACAUGAAUGGGACCUUCCCUACCAUGAGUGAGCCAGACACGGAGCCCUGUGUGGAUGGCUGGGUGUAUGACCGAAGCUCCUUUCCCUCCACCAUUGCGACUGAGUGGGACCUGGUAUGUGAAUCUCAGUCACUAAUAUCGGUGGCUCAAUCCCUGUUUAUGGCUGCCCAGCUGCUGGGAGCUCUGAUAUUUGGCCAUCUUUCAGACAGGUUUGGACGGAAAAUGGUGUUCAGAUGGUGUUUGCUCAAGUUCGCCGUUGUUAACACCUGUGCAACCUUUGCUCCCACCUUCCUCGUUUACUGCUCAUUACGCUUCUUGGGAGGGAUGUGUAUCAUCACUAUUGUGGCAAACUGUUUCAUUAUCAUGUCAGAGUGGACAGGGCCCAAAUCAAUAGCUUUGAUGGCAGGGAUAAUAAUAAAUUUCUGCAGUGUUGGACAGACACUCCUGGGAGGACUGGCUUUUGCCAUUCGAGACUGGCGCACACUGCAACUGACAAUGUCUAUACCCUUUUUCGUCAUCUUCUUGUUCACCAGGUGGCUGGUGGAGUCUGCACAGUGGCUGAUUGUUACCCAUCAGCUAGAUGAGGGCUUAAAGGAGCUUAGGAGAGUUGCAGAUAUAAAUGGAAAAAAGGAUGCUGGAGAGGCCCUGACCAUUGAGUUUGUGAAAUCCACCAUGAAGGAGGAGUUGGAUGCCAGCCAGACCAAAGCAUCACUUAUUCAUUUGUUCCGUACACCCAAACUGCGUUUAAGAGUCUGUUGUUUGUGCUUUGUGAGAAUGGCAACCUCUUUACCAUUUUUUGGCCUGCUGCUCAAUCUGCAGCACUUGGGGAGCAACAUUUUCCUGUUCCAGAUUAUCUUUGGAGCUGUCACCUUCGCAAUCAGAUGUGCUGUUCUUUUAACAACGAAUCAUAUGGGUCGUCGAAUGAGCCAGAUGUUGUCCUCGUUCCUGGUAGGAAUUUCCAUUCUGGUCAACACCUUUUUGUCCCAAGGCACAGUCAUGGAAUCCUUCCCAAUAUAUGGUAGUCGACAGGAAGUGGUACACAAGGAAUCAUCCAUGUACCAACCCUGUGCCCUGGAGCCGGAGCCUCUGGACAUGUCAGACAACUCGCUCCCUUGGAGGCUGAUGCUUUCCAGAGGGCAGCAGUCUGGCUUCCUGGCGCGGGCAGGGAGAGAAGCAGCUGUCCCGCCGCUGUCUCCUCUUGCGGCCACACGGCGUCGCUGUCGAGCCAGCCCUCGGGCGGCGCGCCCUCCCCAGAACCCCACUUUGGGCCCCCAGGCUGCGGCUCUCACCACCCAGCUGCCACGACUCCACACGGAUGCUGUCCAGGGCCCCAGCGGGAUCUGA